AAAUGUUAAUGUUAAUUUUAGAAGACCGGCUGCAGCUGCUCCUGCCACUUCAGAUAAACACUGGACUGCAGCAGAUACGAGAUGCUGUGUUUGUGGUCAUCUCACAGACACAGAUCCGUGAUGAGUCUGUCUAAUGGAUGAUUGCUGUGAAACACCCUCCAUCAGGGAACUGGAGAAAAUACUGUUCGGAGGGAAGAGAAGCGCAAAUCAUGUGGAUGAAGUUUGGCCCAACCUUUUUCUGGGUGACAUGUCGGCGGCUAACGAUCGGUUCUGUUUGUGGAAGCUGGGCAUCACUCGAGUGUUGAACGCCGCUCACGGGAAGAUGCACAGCCAGGGCAGCCACCAGUUCUACGGGCCGGCGCUCGAGUACUACGGCGUCCCUGCCGACGACUCUCCUGCCUUUAACUUGUCGCCUUACUUUCAGCCCUGCGCCGAUUACAUCCAGGAGGUUCUCAGUUCUCCAGCAGAGCGUGUUCUGGUUCACUGUGCGGUCGGAGUAAGCCGCUCUGCGUCUCUGGUCCUGGCUUAUCUCAUGAUACACCAGCAUCUUUCUCUGCUGGACGCCAUCACAACGGUCAAGCAGCACCGCUGGAUCUUUCCAAACCGAGGCUUUCUCAAACAGCUGCGGGCUCUGGAUGCGACUCUGAGGCGACCUGAACACCGCACAUAAACACCAACAACAUUCCUCAGGCUGUCUUCAGAGUACGACCGAAGCGCAUGUCAUGCAGAAAUGCCAAAGAAGAUUCAUUUUGUCACAUUUUGUUCUUAAUAAAGCCCUUUUAGAUUAUUUUCCCACUAUAAAGAACAUUUUGUUCAGGGAUGUUCUUUAUUGAACACCAAUAAAGGAGCUUUGAACAAUUCACAACAGACACUUUAUACUUUAUAUUUUAUAUUUCUUUUAUACACUUCUUCUUU